AUGCAGAUCAACCAGGUCCAAGCUCAAUUUUAUCUGAUCAUUCGACAGCACAAAACUUGUUUAGAUAAGGAUUUCAAGGAUUUGAUAGUAAAUGAGGAAGAUUCUGACAGUAAUAACAGUGACUACGACAUAACUUGCAACACAAAUAAGCUGGCAGAAGAACGAACUCCUACUGAGAGACACAUCAUAAAAAAAAUCGAACAAAAACGGUCCAUUAUUCACAGUUUACGAGAGAAGUUACAAGAAACCGAAUCGAAACUAGAACAAGUCAAGUCAGAUCCUUGUGAUGGUAACGUUUGUAGAAAUUGUCAUUGGCAACUGGGACAUACCUCUCGUUCAUGUGACUAUGGCAAAUGCACGUGGGUCUUUAAAUGUGGUAUGGAAAAAUUUCAUCCUGGUGAACAUAACAUUAAAGAUUUACGAAGUCAACUCAAAAAACAUGAACGUGAACUUGAAAAAUUAAUCGAAGAGUUAAAAUGCAAAAAAAAACGCAGUCAGCGCUGCCAAAGACAAGGUUCAAGUCAGAAUAGAAAGUGA